AUGCGGCAGGCUGAACAAGACAUUGUGAAUAUUGCUACUGACACUGAUGCAACCGCACAGACGGCUGCCGCGCAAAGAGAUGAGGACCUAGCCCAUAGGACUCAGGAGGCAGAUAGAAUGACUGCCAUGCAAGGUGCUCGAAACGCCAAAGAAGUGGAAAAUUUCAUCUUUGACAUCGAGCAGUACUUCGACGCUGUGGGAGAACUGGAGGAGCCCAAGAAGGUAGCAACUGCUGCCAUGUAUUUACAAGGCGACGCCAAACUCUGGUGGCGUGUGAAAUAUGAAGCUAUCAAGGCAGGUGAGGAUGCUCUUGAGACAUGGGAAGAACUAAAAGCAGCCAUUCGUUUACAGUUCUUCCCCGAGAACGUCGAGUAUAAUGCACGGAGGAAACUUCGGGAACUCAGGCAAACGAAGUCAGUCCGAGAUUAUGUCUGCGAGUUCUCUGCACUCAUGCUGAACAUAAAGGACAUGGGCGACAAGGACAAGCUUUUCACGUUCAUAGAAGGUUUGAAACCCUAUGCCCGCAUGGAAAUACAAAGACAAAGGGUGGAUUCCUUGCCCAAGGCUAUCCAAGUUGCGGAAUGCCUCAGUGACUACCAAGUGGAUGCUCGAAAGGAUAGACCUCAACCACCAGCCCGUGGGGGAUUCAAAGGGGGCCAAUCCUACAAUGCUGGCCCCAGCCGAAGUGGGGGAGAUCGUAGUGUGACCAAAUCUAAAGGUUCCUCCUCAGGCAGCAAUAGUGCUGCAUCUCAUAAUAAUGAUCGAGGGCGGAAGCCCCCUCAGGAUGUCGCACAGAUAAAUGCCCAUCAAAUUCUGGAUGAUGGGACAGACGAUGAUGAGGAUGAUGCGGAUCAGACAGAACCAAUAGGUGCUUUCAAUGCACUUGUUUGUUCCAUUUCCAAUGCUGUAGAGGGCACCAGUGCCGGCAUAUGCAAAAAGAAAGACCCUAGCUCGACUGCCAAGAGGGGAAAGACAAAGGCAGGCAACGGGCCUCCUCCCAGCAAGGAGAAGACCCUGAUGUUUGCCGACUUGAGAGUAAAUGGCAAACCCAUUAAGGCCAUGAUAGACACAGGUGCAACGCACAAGUAUCUGGCCACCACAGAAGUUGAACGCCUUGGCCUAGUUGUUGGAAAGGGUAAAGGUCGUGUCAAAGCUAUCAACUCACCGCCCCAAUUGGUGGGUGGGAUAGCCAAAGGAGUGCGGGUAAAGAUGGGUCCUUAUGAAGGCAAGUUCGACUUGCGGGUAGUGAUCAUUGAUGACUUCGACUUGAUAGUGGGGUUGGAAUUCAUGAGACAAACUAACAUCAUUCCCAUACCCUACGCGGAUGUGCUUCUGAUGAUGGGAGCAAAUGGGGCCAAGCCCUGCAUUGUCCCAUGCACAACCAUAAAGAUGGCUUCAGGAAAUAUCUCUGCAUUGCAGCUAAAGAAGGGGGUCCAGCGACAAGAACCCACGUUCCUAGCUACCCUUUGCAUUGAAGAGAUUGAGCGCUCUUCGGGUCCCAUUCCAAUGCCCGUGAAGGAGCUCAUGAAGGAAUUUGAGGAUGUCAUGCCGCAAGAUAUGCCGAAACGACUCCCGCCUAGGCGGACGAUCGAUCAUGAAAUUGAGUUAGUGCCGGGUGCGAAGCCACCUGCCCGGGCACCCUACAGAAUGUCACAACCCGAACUCACCGAGAUUCGGAGACAGUUGACGGAGAUGCUGGACACGGGGAUCAUCGUGCCCUCCAAGUCGCCUUAUGGGUCACCUGUACUAUUCCAAAAGAAACACGAUGGCACCAUAAGGCUUUGUGUUGACUAUAAGUCCCUCAACAAGAUCACCGUGAAGAACAAGUACCCCAUACCACUAAUGGCGGACUUGUUUGACAGACUGGGCGGUGCCACAGUGUUCACCAAAAUAGACCUGAAGACAGGUUAUUGGCAAGUCCGCAUUGCGGAAGGAGACGAGUCCAAGACGACAUGUGUGACAAGAUAUGGCUCGUUCGACUUCCUGGUCUUUCGAGAAUACAUUGAUGAAUUUGUGGUGGUAUACCUGGACGACAUUGUGGUGUACAACAAAACAUUAGGCGAACACCUGGAGUACCUAAGGAAAGUCCUAAAUCGGUUGCGGGAGCAUGAAUUGUAUGUAAAGCUAUCCAAGUGCUCCUUUGCUCAGAAACAGAUUGACUUCCUUGGGCAUGUUGUUGAAGAAGGUCGCAUCAAGAUGGACCAACAAAAGAUCAAGGCUGUCACAGAUUGGCCACCACCCAAGGAUAUCCAUGCCUUGAGGGCGUUCCUUGGCCUAUGCAACUUUUAUCGACGGUUCGUCAAGAACUACUCCCUCAUUGCAUUACCACUGAUAGAGCUCCUCAAGAAGAUCACACCUUGGGACUGGUCGCCAAAGAGAGCAGACGUUUUCAACUCACUAAAAGUGGCUAUGUCUAGUAGCCCUGUUUUGGCCUUGCCCGACUUGACCAGACCCUUCGAAGUAGAGACGGAUGCCUCUGAUUACGCCUUGGGUGGAGUCUUGCUACAAGAGGGGCACCCGGUGGCCUACGAAAGUCGAAAACUGAAAGAUGCGGAACGGCGCUAUGCGGCUCAUGAGAAAGAAUUAUUGGAUGUCGUCCAUUGCUUGCGCCUUUGGAGGAACUAUCUUUUGGGUUCCCCUUUCGUGGUGAAGACGGACAACACAGCUGUCAGUCACUUUAUGACCCAGCCAAACCUAAAUGGCCGCCAGGCUAGAUGGCAGGAACUUCUAGCGGAAUUUCACUUCAAUCUAGAAUACCGAAGUGGGAAGACCAAUCAUGUUGCGAAUGCACUGAGUUGA